CGUGUUGCUAUGCUGCUCUUCGUAUCAAUUGCGGUGCACAAUUUUCCGGAAGGGUUGGCUGUCGCUGCUUCUAGUAUUCAUUCCCCGAGGCUUGGAGUUACGACUACUGUUGCUAUUGCUUUGCACAAUAUCCCGGAAGGAAUUGCGAUCGCAAUUCCUUGUUUAGCAGCUCGCCCUGACCUACCAUGGUUAGCCUUUUGGUUGGCGACUCUCUCGGGCCUUGCUGAGCCUUUAGGUGCUGCAGUGGCAUUGAUUGCGCUACACGAAGUCAAGGAAGUGAGAAAUGAUCCUUCAUAUAUAUCUAUGAACAAUGUAUUGGCGUUUGUUGCCGGUAUUAUGAUCAUGGUCGCGAUAUUGGAGCUCUUUCCGGAAGCA